AUGAAUUUCCUUACGGUUGUUGUCUAUCUUUUACAUGGACUGCUUCUGUGUCAAUGUCUAACAAUUGAUGAAGAUGCUGUUGCACUAGGCAAACUCAACCACUUGUUAAAACUUAGUUCUCCAUCGGUGGCUCGCCAAAUUAUGAAAGGAAUAUGCGAAAUGGUAGCUGAAUGUUGUCCACAAGGUGAAUCUUUAAUUAUUAAAUUUUUUGAAGAUCCUUAUACGUUUCCGGAGUUUUGCUUUGGCAAGCGUAAUUUAGCAGCAACAUGGGUUCGUCUACGCGCUUGUUCCCCUGUUGAACGGAUCGUGAAAGCGGUGACAACUUCUCAAUUUGCUAAGUUCGUAACAAUCGUUUCUCAACGAUUUAAAAACACAGACCCCUCAACUCUGCUGGAUUAUGAGAUGGUCAUUUCAAUGAAUGAUACGCUGCAAAUUUGUACACACGAAGAAAUUCACAGUAGUGUAUGUGUAUGGGAUCAUGAGAAUGCUGAAGAAGCCAAGAUAAAAGCUCAUGCAUGUACGAAAAAGGUAUUACUGAAGAUUUUGGAUAAAUAUGGGAAGGAAAAAUAUGAAGCGAUGCUGUCAAAGACUAAACUAUUUGCAAAUUAUACUAUCCAUGAUCUGGCUGACGCUUUUCCUAACCCAGAUGUUUGA